UCGUCGAGGAGGCGUUCAGGGAUUUAUCUGCAUAAAUAGAUUAGAUUUGGGAAUAGACGUUUGGAUCGUGGUGCCCUUGGAAGAAAUAACGGGGGAAAGCGCAGGACAGAGCGAAUUCGUGCCUUUUUCUCACUUGCGUUGGGGAUAUUUAGAUUUCAGGAUGCCAGUUUUCCACACCAAGACGAUAGAGAGUAUCCUGGAGCCGGUGGCUCAGCAGAUAUCCCACUUGGUUAUCAUGCACGAGGAGGGCGAAGUUGAUGGGAAGGCGAUCCCAGAUCUCACCAGCCCAGUGGCGGCAGUGCAAGCGGCUGUCAGCAACCUCGUGCGGGUGGGGAAGGAGACGGUACAGACCACAGAAGACAAGAUUAUGAAGAGAGACAUGCCUCCGGCCUUCAUUAAGGUGGAGAAUGCCUGUGCAAAGCUGGUGGAAGCAGCUCAUAUGCUGAGGACAGACCCCUACUCUGUCCCGGCCCGUGAUUACCUCAUCGAUGGCUCGCGGGGCAUCUUGUCAGGCACUUCCGACCUGCUUCUGACCUUUGAUGAGGCAGAGGUGCGUAAAAUUAUCCGGGUGUGUAAAGGCAUCCUGGAGUACCUGACCGUUGCAGAGGUUGUGGAAACCAUGGAGGACUUGAUCACUUAUACUAAAAACCUCGGACCAGGCAUGACAAAAAUGGCAAAGAUGAUUGACGAGAGGCAACAGGAGCUGACACACCAGGAGCACCGUGUGAUGCUGGUAACCUCCAUGAACACAGUGAAGGAACUGCUGCCUGUGCUUAUAUCAGCCAUUAAAAUCUUUGUGACAACCAAGUGCACCAAGAGUCAUGGUGUGGAGGAGGCCUUGAAGAACAGAAACUACACGUUUGAGAAGAUGAGCGCUGAGAUCAACGAGAUAAUCAGAGUGCUGCAACUCACUUCAUGGGACGAGGAUGCCUGGGCCAACAAAGACACAGAGGCCAUGAGGAGAGCGCUAGCAUUGAUCGAGUCAAAGAUGGGUCAGGCUAAAGGCUGGCUGAGGGACCCUAGCGGUCUACCAGGAGAUCCGGGAGAGCAUGCGCUGCAUCAGAUACUGGAUGAAGCAGGAAAAGUGGGUGAGCUUUGUGCGGGGAAAGAAAGACGAGAGAUCCUGGGAACAGCCAAGACCUUGGGCCAGAUGACGGAUCAGGUGUCAGAUGUGCGCGCCAGAGGUCAGGGUGCCACCCCUAUGGGUAUGCAGAAAGCUCAGCAGGUGGGCCAGGGUUUGGAUAUUCUGGUGGGGAAAGUGGAGAAUGCUGCUCGAAAGCUGGAAGCCCUGACCAAUGCCAAACAAGCCAUCGCCAAGAGGAUCGACACGGCCCAGAGCUGGCUGGCUGAUCCUAACGGUGGUCCGGAGGGGGAAGAGAACAUCCAUGAUCUUCUGGCGGAGGCCAAGCGCAUCGCUGACCUGUGUGAAGACCCUAAAGAGAGAGACGACAUUCUGCGCUCCAUCAGUGAGGUCGCAGGACUCACUGCGAGACUGGUUGAACUUCGUAAAAUGGGUAAAGGAGAUACUCCUGAGGCUAGAGCGUUGGCCAAACAGAUUGGCACAGCUUUGCAGAACUUACAGGCAAAAACUAACCGUGCUGUGGCCAACAUGAGACCUGCCAAGACUGCUGUUACACUAGAGGGCAAAAUGGAGCAGGCCUUGCACUGGAUCAACAACCCUGGAGUGGACGAUCAUGGAGUAGGCCAGGCUGCCAUACGGGGGCUGAUAGCAGAAGGCCGUCGGCUGGCAAACUCUCUACCAGGGCCGUACAGACAGGAACUGCUAGCAAAGUGUGAGCGAGUGGAGCAGCUGAUGAUGCAGUUGGCAGAUCUUGCGGCACGGGGAGAGGGAGAGAGUCCUCAGGCGCGCACUGUGGCUGCUCAUCUUCUGGAUGCAAUUAAAGAUCUCAAGGCAAAAAUGCAGGAAGCAAUGACCCAGGAGGUGUCUGAUGUUUUCAGUGAUACAACCACACCAAUUAAACUCCUGGCUGUGGCAGCAACUGCGCCUCUUGAGGCCCCCAACAGAGAGGAGGUCUUUGAAGAAAGGGCGUCUAACUUUGAGAAUCAUGCCAGUAGACUGGGUGCUACAGCGGAGAAGGCUGCUGCUGUGGGAACAGCCAAUAAGAGCACAGUUGAGGGCAUCCAGGCGGCUGUGAAAUCAUCCAGAGAUCUAACACCUCAGGUCACUUCUGCUGUACGCAUUUUGCUGAAGAACCCUGGCAACCAGGCUGCAUACGAGCACUUUGAGACCAUGAAGAACCAAUGGAUUGACAACAUUGAAAAAAUGACCAGUCUUGUGGAUGAAGCCAUUGACACUAAAUCCCUCUUGGAUGCUUCAGAGGAUGCCAUUAAGAAAGACAUUGAUAAAUGCCGGGUGGCAAUGGCUAACGUUCAGCCCCAGAUGUUGGUUGCAGGGGCCACCAGCAUUGCCCGGCGGGCUAACAGGGUCCUUCUGGUGGCCAAACGGGAAGUGGAGAACUCAGAGGACCCUAAAUUCAGAGAACUGGUCAAAGCUGCUACAGAUGAACUUGGUAGAACAAUCUCACCCAUGGUUAUGGCUGCUAAAGCCGUGGCAGGAAACAUCCAGGAUCCAGGUUCUCAAAAGAGCUUCCUGGACUCUGGCUACAGGAUAUGCAAACCCAUCAUGAAUUUCAUCUUAUCUUGUUGGGGGCUUUGCUUGUUUGCUCUCUGUCCAAAAUUAACCUCCCAGUUUCUAUCCUCAACUUUAUGCGAGAAUAGAUCACUGUUCCCACAAUCAUGUCCUGGGAAUCUCCAUGCAGUGCCUCUCGUACUAACUCUGUCCUUCUUUCUCCGUGCUGGAUCCUUCCUUCCCCCCCCUCCAUCUCCUCCUCCUUCCCAGCCUCCCCAGCCUGAAGUGACAGACGAGGGUUUUGAGGCCGCUGAGGCAGAAGUAGAUAUAGACGAUGAGGAGGAAUUCACAGACAACGAGGAUGAUUUUGAGCCAGAGCUGCUCUUAAUGUCUUCCAGUCAGCCAGUUAACCAGCCCAUUCUGGCCGCUGCGCAGUCUUUGCACCAGGAGGCUCGCAAGUGGUCCAGUAAGGGUAAUGACAUCAUUGGAGCAGCUAAGCGCAUGGCCCUGCUCAUGGCGGAGAUGUCUCGUCUGGUGCGUGGAGGCAGUGGGAAUAAACGUGCCCUCAUUCAGUGCGCCAAGGACAUCGCCAAGGCCUCCGAUGAGGUCACACGGCUGGCUAAGGAGGUAGCCAAGCAAUGCACCGACAAACGGAUUCGCACAAACCUGUUGCAGGUUUGUGAGCGUAUCCCAACUAUUAGCACUCAGCUGAAGAUCCUGUCCACUGUAAAGGCCACUAUGCUGGGACGUACAAACAUCAGUGAGGAAGAAUCUGAGCAGGCCACCGAGAUGCUUGUGCACAACGCGCAGAACCUCAUGCAGUCCGUGAAGGAGACGGUUAGAGAAGCAGAAGCCGCCUCCAUCAAGAUCCGCACAGAUGCGGGGUUCACUCUUCGCUGGGUCCGAAAGACCCCCUGGUACCAGUAAACUGAGGACUAGUUGUUUUCAAUUAGCAAUUCGCAUCCUUGCCUUUUCAAGCGUCUGAGAUCUGAUGAGGGGUGGCAAAAAAAAGCACCCUAUCUGAUUCUUAUACUUUUGGACAGCAGUGUUUGGCUCUAGU